AAUCAAUCAAAAAACGAGGAAGACGGACAGAUGCACGAAAGCCUCAGAAUUGGGAAAUCCCUCUGCAAGCUUGUUAAUUACAGUAGUCACCGAAUUAACGCUAGAAGGAAGAUUAUCUGAAGCCAAAAGAUACCUUUACAAACAUGCCACGCAAGAAGGUAACCGAAGUGUCUGGAAAUGGUGGGAUCAAGAGGAAGCGGGCAGGAGGUAAAAAGAAGGAAAGGGAGUUCAGCAGUGAUGAUGAGUUUGAUGAUUAUGAAGAGCAGGAGAACACAAAGAAACCUGGCAAGCCUGCUGCAAAGUCAGGCCUUCAACCAGUCACUGUGCCUGACGACAUCAAAGAGAAAAUUAAACUUGACUUACCUAAAGUCAAAGGUCAACUGCUCAUUUUCGGAGCCACCAAUUGGGAUCUCAUCGGAAGGAAAGAGGUGCCAAAAGCACAAGCGGCCUUCAGGAACCUAGGCCAGAACCUGUGGGGUCCUCACCGCUACGGCUGCCUGAAUGAUGUGCAGGUCAGCAGCGUGGUGUCUGGGCCCUGUGCCGCCCACAGCCUCCUCAUCACCACAGAGGGCAAACUCUGGAGCUGGGGUCGAAAUGAAAAGGGUCAGCUGGGUCAUGGGGACACCAAGCGCCUGGAGGCCCCAAAGCUGAUUGAGGCCCUCGCAGACGAGGUGGUGGUGGCUGCAGCCUGUGGACGCAACCACACCCUGGCAUUGACUGAGGGUGGCACCGCCUACUCGUUUGGAGAGAACAAACUGGGUCAACUGGGUCAGGGCAACCAAACUGAUGCAGUCCUCAGUCCAGCCCCGAUCCAGUACAACGGGCAGCCCUUGGUCAAGGUGGCAUGUGGGGCAGAGUUCAGCAUGGCGGUGGACUGCAAAGGGAACCUCUACUCGUUCGGCUGCCCAGAGUAUGGCCAGCUAGGACACAACUCUGAUGGAAAGUUCAUUGCCCGUGCCCAGCGCAUCGAGUUUGACUGUGAGACCAUUGCACGUCGCGUGACCAUCUUCAUCGAGAAGAGUAAGGAUGGCCAGGUGACGCCCGUACCCAACGUGGUGGUCCGAGACGUUGCCUGCGGAGGCAAUCACACGCUGAUAUUGGAUUCCCAGAAGCGGGUGUUUUCCUGGGGCUUUGGUGGCUACGGGCGGCUGGGUCACACUGAGCAGAAGGAUGAGAUGGUGCCCAGACUGGUGAAGCUAUUUGACUUCCCCGGGCGCGGGGCAUCUCAAAUCUACUCUGGCUACCAGUGCUCCUUCGCUGUCAAUGAAAUGGGAGGGCUGUUUUUCUGGGGGGUCACAAAUACCUCUCGGGAGUCUACCAUGUACCCCAAGGCUGUGCAGGACCUGUGUGGCUGGAAGGUCCGCAGUCUGGCAUGCGGGAAAAGCAGUAUUGUUAUCGCUGCAGACGACAGCACCAUCAGUUGGGGACCCUCCCCCACCUUUGGCGAGCUGGGUUAUGGCGACAACAAGGCAAAGUCCUCCACUACUGCUCAGGAGGUUAAGAGCCUGGAUGGAGUUUACGCUGAACAGGUGAUGAUGGGAUACGCACACUCCCUGGUCAUCGCCAGACAGGACACUCCACAGGAACAAGAGAAGCUCAAGAAGCUGCCAGAGUACAACCCACGCACACUCUGAUAUGGUAUCAUCCAGCCACCUCUCACUUUUUUUUCUUUCUUUCUUUUCACUUCAGAGAGGCAACCGAUUCUCUCCAGAAUGCAUCUGCCCUCUAGGUCACCUGUGUAAGUUAUGAUGGCUGGGGAGGGUGGGCUCUCACGAGUAUGUAUGUAUGCAUACGCCUUGAAAAGAAGUCUGGUCUACAUAGAUUCUGAGGUUAAAUUGCAGAAAAUGUGUCGCAAAAACGUAGACUGAAACAAAUCCACUCUGGACAGAAUUCGUCCUGUCCUCACAACACUCAUCAGACAUCUACAGCUGGAGAGAGAGGAACUCUACCACUCAUCUCCAAACACAUUCUUCCACUAGGAGUUCUACUUGUACUCCUCCUGCAAGUCCACUGAAGCGUUCUCUAUUUUCAUGAAGUCUCUUUUUAUUCUUCAGUUGUGAACUGAUCAAUGCCCUCGUCUCCCUCACAAUAAUGGGUGCUACAUCAGAAGUCCUCUUUGGGCUGAUUUAAUUUCCAAGCGAGGGAUCAAUUCAAGACCAACACUCCAUAUCUGUGCCUUUUGAAACAAUGUAUUUCGGGGUAUGGAGUAAAUGUGUUUAUUUGUUCACAGACCAAUUGCAAAAUUUAGUUUUAAACUUUGUCCAUGGCAGUAUUACUGUGUUUGUGUCUGGUCGAUCGGUGUGCACUGUCAGUAGAACACAAUCAGGAUCUGAGAUGUGCCACCUCUCCAGCCAUUGACUUCUGUUACAUUCCUUGGUUUUCUGUUUCUUGAGGAUGUGUAACUAACUGUCCCUUAAAGGCCAGUGUCUGCUUGUCAUUCUUGCCUUUUUUUCCAGUGACUCCUUUUUUAGCCUGGGAAACUAGGUGUGGGCACUGUGCGCUCUUGGCAAUGAAAACCAGCAAGAAUGUGGUUUGUGAGGACUUGAGUCAUGCGCCUCUGUUUUAGUGCAAAUGGUCAACAAGGUGUGUAUGUAAUGAGUGGAUAUCCUGGUUUUAAAUCAAGAUGGGUUUUUUCUUAAUUUGUUAGUCUACCUGUAUUGCAACAAAUUAUUUCAGUGGUGUCUGGGUCAGAAGGUUUGCAUCUGGUUUAAAAUGUUGAAACUUUUUCAUUGUAAUAAAGGUUUUAUGUAAAUUG